GAUUAUUAAUGUAGAAAGAAAUAGUGGUCUCUCUUGAUGUCGAUAAAGUUCGAACAAAAACCGGGAAACAUUAAAAAAAUAAAUUAAAAAAAUAACACACCAUGGUGCAAGAGUUUCAUGUUCUCAGAUGUUUUUCCUGUAAAACCUUCCAGGUCCAUCAGGUGAAAAAGUGUAAGAAAUGGAACUGCAAAAUUUGCGGGGAAAAGCAAUCAAUAAUAAAGGUUUAUGGACAGGGGUCUGGCGCAGACUGCCGGGGCCAUGUACAGAAACUGAAUAUGAUGCAGGGAGAAGCGACUCAGGCAGCUGAAAUAAACGUGUGUGGACAAGAAGAUGAGUUUCCUGAGGAAAUCCUACCACAAGAUGACUGUUUGAGCAUUAACAGUCAACGGGCUACAGAUGCUGGAGCUGGGAUCAGCCGCUGGACUAAGUUCCUGGAUAAUAGCCGUGGAGAGCCAGCAGUAGAAGAGGGGUUGGUGGAUGAAGAGGAGAAUGUGUACACAGACAAGGAUCACUUUUACACAGAGAAGAGAGUGGUCAAGAGGAAUCAGAGGAAAUGUGAAAAAGACUGGAACUCUUGUAAUCCAUCCCUCGAAGAGUCUGUUAACUCCGAUCAUUGUGAGUUCAGGACCAGGUGGAAGAAAGCCAGGCAAUGGGAGAACUGGGGAAGACCUUCACCGCAGGAUAAAAAAGAUCUGAUAUCUUUGAAAGAAAAUGCUGGUAAAUCUAUGAUCUUGGGUCAACCAUUGCCUCCUCCUAAAGCUACUGCUAAUAAGAAAACCUCUCUGGGACUUAAGGAUUCAACCAUUCCAGAGUACUGUACAAACAACUCUACUGGGAUGACAGCUUCCAAGUGGGAAAGGUUCCUUCCUUCUACCACAAGAGAAGAUGAGUCAGACUUUUCCCCUCAAUCAGAGAAGGAUCUUCAGCAUUCACAAACCUUCACAACUCCCUUGGCUUUUUGCAGUGCACUAGACAUGCCUUCACAGCUCAAGGGAACAGGAUCCUUGACAUUAGUAGAUAAAGCUUUGCAGAGGAAGAGGUCUAAAUUAACUGCAGAAGGUGGUUUGUCUAACGAGUUUCCUCCAUCUUGCACACAGCCAACAUCUUCCUUUGUUUCACCCAUUGUCUCUACUCAAGCACUUACAACUGAUCCCUUGCAGCCUUCAUUCUGCUCGCUGUUCCAGACAGAUGAGGACUUUGAUGAGACCUUUUAACCUGAGUUGCUGAUGUCGAUGGCUUAGCUUGUCCGAGUUCAGUGGUUUGUUCCACUGCACCAUCAGCAUGGUUUGUUCUUCUACAAUGUUUAAGCAAAACUCUGAUUUAAAAAAAUAUAUAUUUGGUAUUUCCUGUUCACGUAAGUAUGCCUUCAAAUAAAAGUAAUAAAUUAAACAAUUCAAA